UUUAUUUUCUAUUAUCAUUCCCUCCCCCGGCUAAUCCUAUUUCUUCAUUCUUUCUUUCUUUUUUAAUAUACAAAUCUCUCUCUCCCUCUCUCUCUCUCGCUCGCGCUCUCGGGGAAAAGGGGAUUUGGAUUCCAAGUCAGAUUUCAAUUUCUUCACAUUUUUGGCUGACAACUUGGCGGAAAAAGGUUGUAUUUGAUGAUUUUUUUGUUGUCAGUAAAGCAAUGAGCCGCUCAUCAGACCUGGCUGCCUCAGUUGCGAAUUCUUGAGCUGGAAGACUUAAAGAUCGAAUAUGAAUAGUAAGAGAAGAUUAAAAGAAUUAUUGCUACAAAGUGAUAAUCGCUUUUGUGCUGAUUGUCGUGCUCCAGAUCCUAAAUGGGCGUCUGCAAAUAUUGGAGUUUUUUUAUGCUUAAAAUGUUGUGGUGUGCACAGAAGCCUUGGUCCUCUAGUAUCAAAAGUUUUAUCUGUGACACUGGAUGAAUGGUCUGAUGAAGAAAUUGAUGCCAUGAUUGAAGUUGGAGGAAACUCUGCUGCUAACGCAAUAUAUGAAGCCUAUGUACCUGAAAAUGUUUCAAAGCUGCGACCAGAUGCAAAUCAUGGCGAGCGUAUGAAAUUCAUUAGGUCUAAGUAUGAGCUUCAAGAAUUUCUGAAACCUAGUUUGAAGAUUACGUCAGGAAAGCCAAGCAUUUCUGUUCAGUCAAGUUUUUCUAGGAGGAUUUUGGAUAAUUUUCGAGUUACAAGUACAUCACGGGACUCGGAAAAAGCGAUGGUGGAAUUUAUUGGAAUGUUGAAAGUCAGAGUUAAAAAUGGUACAAAUUUAGCUGUCAGGGAUAUGAUGUCUAGUGAUCCUUAUGUGAUCCUCACUCUUGGGAAACAGACAGUUCAGACGACUGUAGCAAGCAGCAACUUGAACCCAGUUUGGAAUGAGGAACUCAGGCUGUCAGUUCCACCGAAUUUUGGGCCUGUAAAGUUGGAAGUUUUUGAUUAUGACACAUUUUCAGCUGAUGACAUAAUGGGAGAAGCAGAGCUAGAUAUCCAGCCAUUGAUAACGUCGGCCAUGGCGUAUGGGAACCCAGAAAUGUUUGGAAACAUGCAGAUUGGAAAAUGGUUGAAAUCACAUGACAAUGCUCUUAUAGAUGAUAGCACAAUCAACAUUGUGGAUGGGAAGGUGAAACAGGAGGUCUCACUCAAGCUCCAGAAUGUUGAAUCUGGAGAACUACAACUAGAUCUUGAGUGGAUUGCCUCUUGACCAAUACCUGCAUUCUAAUACUCUUCUGUUUAUCCUUCCUUCCUUCCUUCCUUCCUUCCCAUUUAAUAAGAAUCUGUAAUGUUCAUUUAAAUAUAUGAACUGCCAACAUUUAACUUUCUCUUCUUUCAGUUGUAUUCAUUUAUUAAUUUUGGUUUUCUUUUCUUUUC